AGACUAGGCAGUAUGGUUGAAAGACUAUAGCUUGUUCUCUAAGGACGAAAAAAACAUUCGUUCUGAACUUGUAUUUAAUUUAUGUUUUGUCCGAUGUCACGAAAACAGUCUUGUACAUUAUAAAACGUAGUGAUUAUAUUCUCUUUGCAUUAUAAAGUAACAUGCCUAAAGUUCGCAGAAGUAGAAAACCACCACCAGAAGGAUGGGAACUUAUAGAACCAACACUGGAAGAAUUAGAACAGAAAAUGCGCGAAGCGGAGACUGAGCCUCACGAAGGGAAACGAAAGCAAGAGUCGUUAUGGCCUAUUUUCAAAAUACACCAUCAGAAGUCACGGUACAUAUACGAUCUUUUCUAUAGACGCCGAGCUAUUAGCAGAGAAUUAUACCAAUACUGCUUGGAUGAGAAAAUAGCAGAUGCUAAUCUCAUAGCGAAGUGGAAAAAGACGGGAUACGAGAACUUAUGCUGCUUGCGUUGUAUCCAGACUAGAGAUACGAACUUUGCGACGAAUUGCAUUUGCAGAGUUCCAAAAAGUAAGUUGGAAGAAGGUCGGAUUGUUGAAUGUGUGCAUUGUGGAUGUAGAGGGUGCUCAGGAUAGAAUCAUUAUAUACCUGUAGUGUCUAUCUCCAUGGAACAUUGGAUAUUUUAAUAACAAAAACCUGUAUUGUGGUAGACAUAAAUAGAAUAUUGAAAAUUACAGAACUAUGUUGAAAAUUUCAAUAGUUAUUUAUUGGCAUAAAGAAGUUUAAUAAAUAGUGAUUCAGAUUUUAUAUUAUUGGUAUAAAGAAGUUUAACAGUAAUGCAGUUUUGAUAAGUAAUUAUUUCUUAUGAUAACGGACCACAUUUGCUUAGAAGCUAAGUUUUUUGUACUGAUUCAUAAAACAUUGGAUAAUAUACCUAUAUACGAAUUUCAUUAUAUUUGUCUAUGCCCUAAGGUAUUUAAUUUAUCUUUAGCCACCCCCAGUUAAUGGUAUUCUAACUAUAAUUUUAGAAGCUCUGAAAUGUUAUCUAUAGUUUGGUUGUUUAAAAGUUUUAUAAUGUGAAUAUUUUUUCAUUACUUUCAUAUUAAAAAUGCCACUAAAAUUGAUGUUUCUGUGCAACUCUUAGUAAAGUACAUUUUUUAAUUUGUGAUCAAAGCGGUUAGAUUGGCAAUUUAAUAAGAAAUAUUUUGGUAGUUUAACAUUUUCAAAAAGAUAGUAUUCAUUUUUUAAAGGAAUUACUAUUAUUAUUAGAUACUAUUUUUAUGUUUAUGUAAAUUCCCACUCAGGUUAAGUUAGGUUCAAAUUGAGUAUUUCCUAGAAGAUAUAAAUAUCUCCAUCUUUGUUUCUUCAUAUGGAAGUAUCAUAUAAAUUGGUUUCAUAUCCUAUAUGAUUUUGUAAAACAAAUAAAAUUUAAGGAAAUA